AUUUUGUAUUAGUAUCACAUUGUAAAUAUUCAAGUUACUAGUUUAAGAUAACAAGAAGCGUAUGUUAGUUUCAGUACGUAUUGUGCGAGAAUGAUGUUUAAUACAGCGUGAAAUUAUUACAAGGUCGCUUAAUGAUUGUCUGAUAAUUUUUGGCAGCGAUGAGUGAAACUAUAACUUUAAGUAGAGUCAUGGACUCUGAGCAGAUGCAAGCAAUUACAAGUGAAUUUAAUAGAUUAGGAGAACGAUGUUAUUUGGAGCAUGCAGGCGCUGCUUUGUAUCCACAAUCAUUACUGCAACAUGUACAUGAAGAUUUAUUAAACAAUGUCUACAUGAACCCGCACACCGAUAAAUACACAAGAGAUUGUAUAGAGCAAAUUCGUUGCUUAGUUCUAAACCACUUCCAUACAGAUCCAUCAAAAUAUUCAAUAAUAUUCACAUCAGGGGCAACACAGUCAUUAAAAUUAACCAUAGAAUCAUUUGAGUUUUCAUCUAACACCGAAGAAUGUGGUUCAUUUGUUUAUCUCAAUGAAAAUCAUACAUCAGUACUAGGUCUGAGAGAAAUAGCUGAGGACAAAAAUGUGGACGUAAUUAAUAUAUCUCAUGAUAAUUUUCUCAAGUCAAUUAAACAAAACCAUUCAGCACCAAGUGGACAGAAAAGUAAAACCGAUGGUAAUAUUUUACUGGCAUACCCAGCCAAAAGUAACUUCAAUGGAUUUAAAUAUCCUUUAGAUUGUGUACAAAAUAUAAAGAAUGGUUGCUUGAAUAGAUAUUUGAUGAAACAUUUGUGCAAAGUGAACUGCAAUUGGUAUGUUCUACUAGAUGCAGCUGCUUACGUGCCAACAAAUAAUUUAGAUUUAUCAAUAACUCAACCAGAUUUUGUAUGUUUAUCAUUUUAUAAAAUAUUUGGUUACCCCACUGGUUUGGGGGCGCUUUUAGUAAAAAAUACCAGUGCUGAUGUUUUAUGUAAAAAACGAUAUUUUGGUGGUGGAACUGUUGAUAUUGUGAUUAGUGGAGAAAAUUUUCAUAUUAAAAGGAAAAUACUUCAUGAAAGAAUGGAAGAUGGAACAUUACCGUUUCUAUCAAUUUUGGCUUUAAAACAUUGCUUUGAUAUGUUACAUAGACUGAUACCUAAGACAAUUAACAAUCACAUAAUGGAUACAAUAUCUCAUCACACAUUUUAUUUGGCAAAAGAUUUGUAUAAUCAGCUGAAUGAACUUCAUCAUCCAAAUGGCAAGAAAGCAGUUGUCCUCUAUAUGGACUCAGAUUUCUCCGACAUAAAAAUACAAGGAGGUAUUGUUACAUUCAACCUUCUUAGAGAAGAUGGAUCCUUUGUUGGUUUUAUGGAGUUCCAAAACAUGGCAGAUCUGUUUAAUAUUAAUGUGAGAACUGGCUGUUUUUGCAACUCUGGUUCAUGUCAAAGACAUCUCAAUACAUCUAAUAGGGAAAUGAAAGAAAUGUACAAAGCAGGGCAUAAGUGUGGGGAUGAAAUAGACUUGAUCAAUGGUAACCCAACAGGUGCAAUUAGAGUCUCAUUUGGAUAUUAUAAUACAUUUAAUGAUGUCGAUAAAUUAGUGUUAAUGGUGUGUAGAUGUUUUGUACGGACAGUGUUCAAGAAACCAAAGCGUACAAUGACCUGUUUGCAAGAACUUUCCAUAUAUAAACCUGUGAAAAAAGCCUACAAAGAAGGAAUGAUUAAGUUAAUGAAUGAUAGAGCUUAUUUCAAUGGUUACGAUAUAUUACCAGAAACACCUCUAGAAAGCAGUGAUAUAAUUUUGGAUGAAAUAGCCAUAUUCCCUAUAAAGUCAUGUGGAGCAUUCAAAAUAAAAACCAGUUGGAAAAUUGGUCUCAAAGGUUUCGAAUAUGACAGGGAAUGGAUGAUAAUAAGAGAAAAUGGAGUGUGCCUGACACAGAAACAAAGUACACAAAUGUGCAUGAUCAAACCGGAAAUAGAUCUGAAACGUAAACUUUUAAUACUACAUUUUAAAGGUAAACCUUCUAUAUCUGUGCCUUUGGAGCCAAUUAUAGAAAACAAAACAAAGUUUGCUAGUAUGUGUACCAGCAAAGUUUGUAUGGACAUGGUCAAAGGAUAUGACUGCGGAGAUGAUGUUUCCGAUUGGAUUUCAAAUGCAUUAGGAAUCUCAUUCCUCAGAUUAAUUAAACAAUCAAACACAGAUGUUAGACCUCAAAAGAAAAAUGCCGAUGGUGAACAGAAGUUAUUGUCGUUAUGCAAUCAAGCUCAAUUCCUCUUAAUAAAUAAGGCCUCAGUUAGAUGGCUGCAUGGAAGAAUCAAAGAUCCAAUGUUCUCAGCCUCUGUUGAUAAUCUGACAGAUCGUUUUAGAGGCAACCUUAUAAUUGACAGGGCUGUGGAGUUAACUGAAAGGGAAUGGCAUAGAAUUAUUAUUGGAAAACAUGAGUUUAAGGUGGACGGUCCUUGUCAGCGUUGUCACAUGAUCUGUAUUGACCAACAAACUGGAGAGAAAACUGCAGAACCUUUGAGGACUAUAUCCGAACAGUUUGCAGGAAAAAUGCGCUUUGGCAUAUAUUUAAGCUACGUAGGGCCCGUGAAUGGUAUGAAAGAUAAAGCUUUGAAAGUCAAAUCUAUUGUGAAGCCUAUGAUUAACGAAGAUGAUAUAAGCAGAUGAACUUUGAAGUAACAUUUGUUAAGCAGAAUUUCUUAUAGUGGAAACUGUGCUUGCUGUGACAUUUGUAUUAAAGCAUAUUGUACUGUUUUGAAAGAGAAUUAAAGUAAAAAAAUUAUAUUAAAAUGUCACGGCAGUUGAAUUCUUUAAUAGGACAUAGACAUCUGAUUUAAAUAACAAU